CAUCUUCGCUGUUUAAUUUUUCACUUUGUACAAGUUUUGCUACAAAAAAUGGCAUCGAGUGAGGAAUUCAAUGUGACAACAGCGUCACCUUCAGCAGCUCCACACUUGACAUGGCAUUCACCGGUUCCUUACUUGUUCGGAGGCUUGGCCGCCAUGCUCGGUCUCAUAGCGUUUGCGCUUCUCCUCCUCGCUUGUUCUUAUUGGAAACUGUCGGGGUACCUCGGGAGCGGCGAGGGAAACGAAGGGGAUAAUAGAGAUUUGGAAGAAGGAGAAGGUAAAGGAGAGCAAACCCAGAAAGGAGGAGCUGCUGUUAUGGAACAGAAGUUUCUUGUGAUAAUGGCGGGACAAGUAAAGCCAACGUUCUUGGCCACCCCGAUUUCUUCAAGCGGGUCUUCUUUCUUCGGCGACGCCAGUGAAAAGAGCUGUUGCUGUGCUGCUGAGAAGGCUGAGAAAUUGGAGGAGAUGUCAGGUCGGGAGACUCAGAACCAUUGAAUUCUUCAUUUUCUCCUUGUUUUCUAUAUUUUCCGGUGAUCUCCUUGGGUGGAUUAUGUAGUGGUGCAGGUUUUGGUUUUUGGAUCCUCUUGUUGUUUGUAGGUGGGAUUUUGUAGUGGCAUAGACGUUGUUUGCAAAAUCCAGAAAACUGCAUGUAAAUUAUUGGAGAGUCAAGGAAUUUGCCAAAUUGGCUCUCACUCUCAGUCUCAGACAGCAAAGGUCAAGAGAAUUAGAGCAAGGCAAGUUCCUGAUCAGGGAUGAUAAU